CAGUAAUCAGAGUAAUCUCUCUGUGCCUGCGACGACGACUAGGUGGGUUACCGCCGUCGCGCCGCCGCCGCCGCCGCCGUCAUACUACAGGUGCGAGGCCUUCAUCGGUAUCUUAACAGGCGACGAACACCAACCAGGUAACUUCGUCGGUAUCUUCACUUCACCGACGGCGACGAGCACGAACUCGAACCUUUUUUCCCCCCAAAAAUUAGCCCCCUCCCUGCCCCAGUCUGCACUCUACGAUGGCGGCGCCUCCGGCCACGGCUCCCGCGGCCUCCCGGUGUCUCUCCGGUGCCAAGUCGUGCUGGGCUGCUGAGCGGAGCUCCAGCUCGUUUGCCGUCUCGGCGCCUUCUACUGGCCUCCGGCAAAGUAGGAGCCGCGUCCUCAGCGUUCGUGCCAAGGUUGCCACUGGCGUGCAGAGAGCCAGCACUGUGGAUGAUGGAGCGAAAAGGCCGUGGAAGCUCAGUGAUGCUCGUCUUGUCCUGGAAGAUGGUUCAGUGUGGAGGGCCAAGUCUUUUGGCGCAUCAGGAACACAAGUCGGUGAAGUUGUUUUCAACACAUCACUGACAGGCUAUCAGGAGAUUUUGACAGAUCCAAGCUAUGCUGGUCAAUUUGUCCUGAUGACCAAUCCCCAUAUUGGUAACACUGGCGUUAAUCCUGACGAUGAAGAAUCAAACCAAUGUUUUCUUGGUGGCCUUAUCAUAAGAAAUCUAAGCAUAUGUACUUCCAACUGGCGAUGCAAAGAAACACUUGAAGAGUAUCUGACUAAGAGGAACAUCAUGGGAAUAUAUGACGUGGAUACACGUGCUAUAACACGAAGAUUAAGAGAAGACGGCAGUCUUAUUGGUGUCUUGAGUACUGAUCAGUCUCAGACAGACAAUGAGUUGUUGGAAAUGGCCAAAAAGUGGAAAAUUGUUGGAGUUGAUUUGAUUAGUGGUGUCACAUGUGAUGCUCCAUAUGAAUGGUUGGACAAGACUGACUCAGAAUGGGAGUUCAAGAGGGAUCAGUCAAGUGAAACUUUUCAUGUGGUUGCCUAUGACUUUGGUAUCAAACAUAAUAUUUUGAGACGAUUGACAUCAUAUGGAUGCAAAAUAACAGUUGUUCCAGCAAAUUGGCCUGCUUCAGAGGUACUCAAUUUGAAGCCUAAUGGUGUUCUUUUUAGCAAUGGUCCUGGAGAUCCAGCUGCAGUUCCCUAUGCUGUGAAGACAGUACAAGACAUAAUUGGAAAGGUUCCUGUUUUCGGCAUCUGUAUGGGCCACCAAUUGAUUGGGCAGGCGCUUGGUGGGAAGACAUUUAAAAUGAAAUUUGGUCAUCAUGGUGGGAAUCACCCUGUCUGUGAUCUCCGUAGUGGGCGUGUAGACAUAAGUGCACAGAACCAUAACUACGCAGUUGACCCAGAAUCACUUCCAGAAGGAGCAGAAGUAACUCACGUCAAUCUCAACGACAAUAGUUGUGCUGGCCUUCAGUACGCCAAGAUGAAGCUUGUGUCUCUCCAGUACCAUCCUGAGUCUUCCCCAGGUCCGCAUGAUUCCGACACAGCCUUCGGUGAGUUUAUAGAGCUCAUGAAGAGCAACAGAUUGUGAGGGAGGGGAGUACUGGCAAAGGUCAACAAUUGUCUUGGUGCUCUCUCGCAGCAAGCUCAAAAGAAUUUGUUUCAUUUUAGUGUUUUUCUUUGGGAUGUUCAUGUACUUGAAUUUUGGGUCCAGAGGACAUAGCAUAAGAUGCUCUGCAGCUGUACCAUGAAUUGAAGUAGUGAACUGGUUGAAUUUCUUGAGAAUAACAUGUUAUCAAAUUGCACGGU